CAGUCAGGUGGGUGACACAGCCAGCGUGCGAGCAGGACCCACUCUGACACAGCAGCAGUGUUAGCAGCAGCAGCAGCUGAGCUCCCAGCUCGCCCAUGUGCGGCCAGUAGGAGGGGCCAUGUGCUGAGGUGUUUGAGAAGGUGAUGCCGUAAAAGCGGGCAGUCUGUCGCAAACCAGGUGUUUCUGCGAGGAAGAAGGUGAUGUCGUAAAGUGGAUGGGAGGGGUGAGGAAGAGAGGAGGUGGGGGAGGCGGGAGAGACAGGAGGAGGAGGAGGGAGGGAGGUGACUUGCGAGCCGCUGCGUUUCAGACUCAGCGAGAGGAUCAUGGCGGAUGGCCCCAGGUGUAAGCGCAGAAAACAGGCGAACCCGAGGAGGAGCAGCGUGACAAACUUCAACAAUGGCUUGGAGGCCAGCUCAGACUCCGAUGAUGAGGACAAGCUACACAUUGUGGAGGAGGACAGCCUGCAGGAGCCUGAGGUUACAGAUGCUGAUGGAACCACAUCGCUGGACAGCCAUGACCACGACGCCACCGUAACAGUAUUACCCCACAACGGGUCCUGGAAUGGAGUGAAGCAGGAGUGUGCAUCAGAGGAAGAAGAGGAGGUGGUGAAGGAUGCUCUAGUGGAGGAGAUUCUCCAGCAGGGAGACACAACCAUCAUCUAUCCUGAAGCCCCCGAGGACGAGCAGAGUCCGACAGAGACGGGAGGAGCCGAUGAAAACGGAACACCUGAUUCUUUCUCCCAGUUGCACACUUGCCCCUACUGCUCCCGGGGCUACAAACGCAACGCCUCGCUGAAGGAACACAUCAAGUAUCGCCACGAGACCAGCGAGGAUAACUACAGCUGCUCGCACUGCAGCUACACCUUUACCUAUCGCUCGCAGCUGGAGAGGCACAUGAGCCACCACAGGGGCUCCAGAGAGCAGCGUCACGUUUCACAGUCGACAGGAGGAUCGGUAGGAACGGGUGGAACCCGCAAGUUCAAGUGUACCGAGUGUUCCAAGGCCUUCAAAUACAAACACCACCUGAAGGAGCACCUGCGCAUUCACAGCGGUGAGAAACCAUACGAAUGCUCAAACUGCAAGAAGCGGUUCUCCCACUCAGGCUCCUACAGCUCCCACAUCAGUAGCAAAAAGUGUGUGGGUGCUACACCCCCCAACGGUGUUGCUCGAACAUCGAUUAAGUCCCCCCCAGCCCCUGCACAGACGAGACCUGUUGUGAUCGCUCCAGCUCGUAUGGUUCUUAAAGACAAGACUGAAAGCAAACCCCUCCAGGAGCAGCUGCCUGUCACCCAGAUCAAAUCAGAACCUGUGGAAAUUGAGUGCAAGCCUGUGACGGCGGCACCGGCAACUUCAGCCGGCAGUAACGGCGUGGUGAACGGAGGAACAGCACAGCCAACUGUGGUCCCAGCUGCAACCCUGCCUCAGGGUGUGGCUAUGGUUGUACCAACAGUUGGUCUGAUGUCACCCAUCAGUAUCAAUCUUAAUGACUUGCAGAAUGUGCUCAAGGUGGCGAUGGAUGGAAAUGUGCUCAGGCAGGUGCUGGGUUCAGCCAAUGGGGUGGUGACGCAGGGGAAGCAGGGAAUUGUGGUCCAGCAGCCACAGCAACAGAUCAUCAGCCUUCCUGCCUUCGUGGAUCACGACGGUACCACGAAGAUCAUCAUCAACUACAGCAUUAGCCCUGCUGCUGCCACAACUGCCACCGCCCAGCCUACACCGCUUGUUGUCAAAAAUAACCCUACUCUGCCUCCUACUAUCACGACUGUGGCCGCUGCAGCUCCCACUCCAACCACAACAAAUAAACCCCAAACCCAAGAGGCGGCCGACCUUACGAUUAUCAAGAAAGAACCAGAAACAGUCCCCAUCGCAGAUGUGGAGAAGGAGGCAUCCACGCAGACAGAAAAGGCAACCGAUAAAACUUCAGAAGCAGCUCAGAAGCCAAAGCCCAACAGCACCAGUACAUGUUUACUUUGCGAUGACUGUCCUGACAAUCUGGAGGCGCUGCAUCUCCUCCAGCAUCGCAAAGCAGCCAAUGGAGAGGCCGUCGACUCUGCUGCUUUGGACCCGUCUUUCGCCGCUCUGCUAAACGAGGCAGGGGUGACCCUGGAGGAGCCGCCUGUCGACGACCUCCUCUCACUUCUUAAGACCUACUUUGCCUCCAACGCCAACCCCAGUGAUGAGGAGCUGUCAAAGAUGUCAGAGUCUGUCAGUAUCCCAGUGGAUGUGGUUAGAAAAUGGUUUAUCAAGAUGAACUCGGGGAAAAGUGUGAGCAAGGGUCACAACGAUGCAACCGCAGUUUCUAAAGACACCGAAGCCACAGAUUCCAGCUCAGAGGUCACUGUGAAUCAGAAUGAAAAGGAAGAAGAAGACAAUACAAUCAAGGAGGUGUCCAACAAAGCCUCAUCAGACUCUCGCAGCGCCUCCCCAUCAGACUCUGAAUCACUCAACAAUGAGGACCUUGUCAUCGUUAAAAGUGAGCCAGAAGACCCAGAAGCUUCUGACUCCCAGGCGGAGCCUCUGGACCUCUCUCUUCCUAAACAUAUUGCAACAGAAUCGGAAAACAAAAUGACUACACCUCCCGCCAAGCAGCAAGAACAGCCUCUGAACCUGACCUGCUUAAGGAAGGAGGAGCUCGAGGGUCGAACCAUCUACGUGACCACACCUCAGACCGGAAGACCUGUUAACAUCGUCACUGCCGCACAGCUUCCUACCUUAGUUGCCAUCGCUAGUCAGGGCUGCCUCAGCACCACCACGAAGCGCACCAUCCUCAUCCCCCAGCUCACAUAUACCUACGCCACUACAACUGGCAGCGCCACUGGAGCAAAGACUGUUGUUCUCAAUGGUCAUAAGGAGAAGCGUGUGGAGAGCAGCUCUGAUGGUGUUUCCACAGUGGAGGAGCAGAACGACUCAGAUUCAGCCGUGGUGAUGAAGAAGCGGCGGCUGGAAAAUGGCGUCUACCCCUGUGAUCUUUGUUCCAAGGUCUUCCAGAAGGGCAGCUCCCUGCUCAGGCACAAAUAUGAACACACAGGAAAACGACCCCACGAGUGCAACGUCUGCAAGAAGGCUUUCAAACACAAACACCACCUGAUCGAACACUCGAGGCUGCACUCCGGUGAGAAACCCUACCAGUGCGACAAGUGCGGGAAGCGUUUCUCUCACUCAGGCUCGUACUCCCAGCACAUGAAUCACCGCUACUCCUAUUGCAAGAAGGACGGGCCAAACUCGGGCUCCGGCUCGGGGCCACGCAGGGAUCAGUCAGAGCUCGGCAGCCCAAGCGCCAGGCUGCAGUCAGACAGCCGGACCACGACCCCGCCCUCCCAAAUGGACUCAGACGAGAGGGAGAGUGAGGAAGAGGAAGACGAGGCCAUCUGCAUGGACGACAUACGGGUGGUGCAGGUGGACGACGGCGAGUGCGAGAUCUACGAGGGUAACUUUGACGACGACGACGAGGAGGAAGAGGGAGAGGAAUUAGCAGAGGAAGAGGCGACAGCAGAAGAAGAAGAGACUGAAAAAGAGAAGGGGCAGGAGGAGUUUGCCUGUGACGUAGUAGAAGUGGAGCUGGGAGAUGACCACGUGGAGGACGCCGAGAUGGAGGAAAGAACCGAAGAAAAGGAGGAAUCAGCAAGUGUGGAUGCAGAGAAAGCGGCAGACUGUGAAGCGAAUACAGACAGCAGCAUCAGGGACGGGACAGAAAACACCGAAACAACAGAGGAAGCGGUGACAGACGCCAAAUGAAGGAAGAAAAUUCUUCGGGACAGUUGGAGUGUGUCGGUCACUGAAGUCGGGUAAUCUUAGACAAAAACCACAUCUUGCCAUCAGAAGAAAGUCACGGCAGUUGCCUGAUCUUAACGGUCCACUACUGUGUACAAAAACCCAGGUGUGCCUGAACUUGAAAAGAAAAAAAGAAAUAGAAAAAAAGAAAAAAACGUGACUUUUUCUUUGUGAAAAUGAAAUAUCAGUGUUUAAAAUUGUUUAUAGAAGUACAGAUUUUAAAGUAGAACUCACCCAUCAACGCGUUAGACUUGUUACUGAGACAUCCCAGGUUGCUUUGUUUUGUUUCUUUUCAUUCAGUCAGUGUUAACUAAUCGUGUUCUUGUUUGAAAACCUUUUAACCUUUAAAGAUGAGAAAGAUUUCUAUACCUUUUUAUUGCCAAUGAAGUUUCCUAAAAUCAGUAUUUUAUUGAGUUCUACGAACAAAAACCUCUGCACUACAGUAUUCCUGGUUUACCUAUGGAUACAUGCCUCAUGCAUUGUAUGCCCUUCAGUGUUAUAUAUGUACACUAGCUAGCGAAAUGUUGUUUGUGUUAGUGUUACUCUUUGCUAGCUAGCAUUACUGUUGAUUUCAGUUUGACUGUUAGCCUUAAGGAAAACAAAGUAUUCUUGGGGAGGGUUGGGGGGUGGGAUGGGGAGUCCGGGAUGAGAAUGCGGCUUCUGUACGCCAUAACCAAAUUUGUCCUAUCAGGGAAGGCAGAGUCACAACCUCAAAGCCAGCAUGGCGCGCCUUUGUUUUGCUGCUCAGCACAGCCCGAACGGGUGGAGUCUCCAGGUGAAGACAUAAAAGCGGACUCCGACCUCGUGGCUCGGCUGUGGAUCCAAAACAGACGCGCCUGUUCUUACCAAGCUUCUCCUUAUUUUGGUUGACUUUAGUUCUCAGCGAGUGUUUCAGUAUUAUCAGCUUAUAUAUGAAGUCAAACUGUACGUGAAGGAUCGGGGCUUUUUUUCCUGCUCCACCCCAAUGCCUCCAGCCUUAUGCAAGACCUGUGUGCUGUUAAAAGUGCCAUUGAACAGUGUUAUUAUUUCUUUUCCUCACACAUGUAGCCAGUAUUAUGUCCCUCUGUUACUUACACAGGAGCCAUGUUGACUAAUGUUUGUUGACUUGCACAGAACAGCAGAUUUGUCACAGCAACAAAGAAGGACACUUGGGAAACAGUAUUUGGGCUUAACUAAGAACUAAGAACUAUUCUCUGUGUUUUGUCUGUAAAAAGACAGACCCCCUGCCCAAAUAGCCCACUUGGGGGUCACGUCUUGUUUUAUUUUAUCUGCCAAACUAAAAGCUAGAAUUAUUUAGUUUACAAUGGUUGUUUUUUAAAAAGACAAGUUAAAGCCAGAGAAUGUUUAGCAUUUUUCAAUCAGUAAAUUAAAUCUACAUGCAUGUCUAAAAGUUCUGCUUUUGUUCCUGGUACUUAAAAUUGCAUAUUUGCUCUUGACUAAAACUUUUUUGUUACGAAUUACUAACUCAUCAGCAUCCAAUGGCUGCAGCUUGUAGGUCCAAAGUCUGAGGUUUAGAGCAGUGAAAUGUGUUGAAAAAGUUUGUUUUCUUGUGGAUCUUAAAAUGCCUUCUAACGUAAGAUAAUCAGUUUCCAACUUUCGAACUGCAUAAAUCCAAAUUUUUAAAAACCCUUCAACACUCAAACUCAGUAAUGUGCCUCACCAGGUCGGCUCAGGAAGAGAUAAACCAGACCAAACCCACACAAGUUUAAAGUAUAAAACGAUGAUAGAGAGACUCAGUAAGUUAGUCUCACUUGUGCACUUAUUAUUAUUAUUACUUUCAGAUGAUGAUUAAAAGAAACAAAUUCAUUGUGGCAAGCUGUCCCGCACUUGAGGUAACAAGCGUUAGUGAAUGUGGUCUCUGUUGAAGAAUUUUUGCGUUGGUUUUACCAGACAGUGUUUAUAGUAUUAAUCUGUUUUACUUUUUUUGUUUUAAAAGUAUGUCCUCUGUAUUUUUUUGUCAACAAUGGCAGUAUUAGAACCCUUUUCACAGAUUAAAAAAAAAUAUACCUGUUUAGUUUUUAGAAGACUUUUUUAUAUUUAUGUGUCUUAUUUUUAUAUUUUCUUUUAUGGUUAUUUAUUACACAUUGUAGUGUACAUUACUGUAGUUUGAAUUGAUACAAUAAUAUAUUUUAGUAUGAAAAAUAAUCUCGAGACAAACAAAAAAAAAAAAAUCCCAAAAUGUGGUUCUGGGAAAUGAAGUUUGUUUUAACAAAAAAUGAAAAAAAGAAAGACAUUAAAGGAAAAAACCCCUAAAAAUAUAAAACAUGUAUUCUGUAAACUUGACUUCUGUUUUAAGCUAAAAAGAAAAAGAAAAAAAAACAGGAAUGAAGUGACAAAUAGAAACUGUUACAUGUGCAUCCGCUCUUUGCGUCGUUAUAAAGCUACUGAAUUCUAAAACUCUGUGAUUUUUAAAAGCAUGAGUCGUCGCCGUUUAAAUGAAGGAUCUUGUUAUGAAGACGUUACUCCUCCCUUUUUUCAAAUUUUAUUUUGAAGCCAAAUUUCCAACGUCCCGUCACCCUGUUUUCCGUUCUGUGCCAACUUGUUCCAUUGUACUGUUGAAGGCUGCAUAUUGUUUGUCCUCUCCGCACCCUUUGUAAAUCCACUGUCUUUUUGUAUUGUUUUUAUUUUAGGUUUGCUCCAUUUCUAUGACUCCCCAUCACAAUAAAAUGUAAGACAGCAA